AUGAAUAACAACUCAUAUUAAUCAUAUAAACCAUAUUCUAGAGUUCAGCAAUAAACCUAUAAUAAUACUUAGAUCCUUUCAUAUGUUGAGUAGGUUCUCCAAAAAUCUAGAACUAAUUACAAUUAACACAAGUAGCCAGAAUCAAAUCUCAAACCUAAUUCAAAUUAACAAAAUAUCAAUACUGAUCCUGAUUGUAAAAAUAUUAUACAUUCACCCAAAAUAAAACCAUAAGAAUUGAUCGUUGCUUAGAAAUAAGACAUCACUCCUAAAAAAAAUAUUCCCCUUCAUCAAUCUUAAUAACUUAUCGAUAGACAACCAUUAAUUCCGUUAAUUCCGCUUAUGUAAAAUUUAAAAGAAUAGUAUAAAUAAGUACACUUAAUUCUUAAAUUAGAAAUAAGCCUUAUUAUAACAGUCACCACCCAAAAGGCAAGAAGAUCGCUUUAAGAAUUUUAAAAUACUAAAGAAACUUGGAGAUGGAAAAUAUAGCGAAGUUUUUCUAGCCAUGCAUUAAUAAACAGGAUUUUUAGUAGCUUUAAAAGUUAUUCAAAAAAAAUAAAUGGUUGAAGAAAUAAUGGAAGCUUAAUUGGCUUGGGAGAUUAAAAUUCAAUAUCUACUUGAUCAUCCAAAUAUCACUAAAUUGUAUACAUUUUUUUAAACUUGUAAUUAAAUUUUUUAUUAUUUAUUUAGAAACUGAAAUCGUUUUGGUUUUAGAGUAUUGUUCACAUGGCUAAUUGCUUAGUCUCCUCUAAAAAUAACCUAAUUAAAAAUUCUAAGAAAAAGAGGCAUCAAAUUAUGUCCAUUAAAUAACUUUUGCAUUGAUGUACAUACAUAAUAAUGAUGUUAUACAUCGAGAUAUUAAACCAGAUAAUAUCCUCUUAAGUUUUGGCUAAGCAAAAAUUGCUGACUUUUCAUUUUGCGUCUACUCUCCUCAUGCUUAUAGAUAAACAUAAUGUGGGACUAUCAUAUAUGCUUCACCCGAAAUCCUAGAAGGAGAUAUGUACGAUAAAAAAAGUGAUAUUUGGGGUCUGGGUGUCUUAACUUAUGAAUUAUGUUUUGGUAAACCUCCUUGGAAAGAGCACUAACAAGAAUUAAUGAAAACUGUAAGUCUCAUUUUACAACUAUUAUUUAGGCAUGCUUUUUAAUACCUUCUUCAGCAUCUAAGGAGUUAAGAGAAUUUAUCGAAAGUUUAGUUAAAAGAUUAUCCAGAGAAAGAUUAACUGCUAAAUAAGCUUAUAACCACUCCUGGUUAUAAUAAGCUUAAUAAAUACUGCCGCAAUUUAUCCAAGAAAAUAUUAUCAUAUUUAAUUGA